AUGCUGCUGCUUCUCGUCUCAGCGCUCGUUAUAGGGUACCUGAUUGUCCAGCGAGUGGACAAGUGGCAUCGGCUGCGGCAUAUCACAGGACCUCGAUGGUGCGCAUGGACUGAUAUUUGGAUGCUGCGACGCUCAUGGUCUGGAUCCCUGUACGAAGAUUUGGGCAAACUACACCAGGAGCAUGGCCCUAACUACGUUAUCUGCGGUGAUCCUAACGAGGUGCGGCGGAUGUGGGGGGUCCGGUCAGAGUGGGAUCGCUCACCAUGGUACAAGGGUUUCCAGCUCGAUCCGCCCAGAGACUACACACUGUCCAUGCGGGAUAAUGCCUUGCAUGCCACUCUGAGGUCCAAGCUUGCACCAGGCUACUCGGGCAAGGGAAUAGAAUCCCUGCAUGAGUCCAUAGACGCACAGAUCGCAAAGUUCAUCUGGCUCAUUGAAAGCAAGUACCUCUCGACAGACACGAACCUACGGCCUGUGGACAUUGCGCGAAAAGUGCAGUACCUGACACUGGAUGUGAUCUCAACCCUCGCAUUUGGGCACACAUUUGGGUUCCUGGAUAAAGAUGGAGAUCUGUUCAACUACAUCAAGACGACAGAGGAGUCCCUGCCAGUAAUGCAGAUGAUAACACUGCUGCCGUGGCUGGUGAACGUGAUACAGUCACGUCUGUUUAAGGCAUUUAUGCCCUCAGAUACGGACGUCAUUACCAAAGCAGUGGUGGCAGAGCGCUAUGGCCCGCAUAAAAUCACCAAGCCAGACAUGCUAGGCUCGUUCGUAGCUAAUGGCCUCAGUCAAAAGGAGGCAGAAGCAGAGUCCCUGGUACAGAUCAUCGCAGGCUCCGACACAACCGCCACAACCCUCCGCACCGGCAUCCUCCUCCUCACCACCUCCUCAAAAGUCUACACAACCCUCCUCACUGAAAUUGACACAGCCAUCUCAGAAAACCACAUCUCCAACCCAGUCACAGAUGCUGAAGCCCAUGCCCUCCCAUACUUACAAGCAUGCAUCAAAGAAUGCUUCUGGUUCUGGCCACUGAUAACUGGGAUCAUGCUGCACAUGUGUCCGUGGGAGGCUGAUGUUUGUGGUGUGAGUAUUCCUGCGGGGAUGAAUGUGGGGUGGGGUGCUUGGGCGGUGUUGAGGGAUAAGGUGGUAUUCGGGGGGGUUGCGGAGCUGGAGAGGGAAUGUGAGGGGGAUAGGGAGAGAUUGAUUGAGAUGGAGAGGGCGGUGGAGCUCCUCUUUGGACAGGGGAAAUGGGGAUGCCUAGGGAAGCCAAUAUCGCUGUUGGAGAUUAACAAGGUGUUUGUUGAGCUGCUUCGUCGCUUCGACUUCGCCGUUCUCAACCCUGGUGCACUCGAUGGAGACGUUCUGAUACGGCGUCUCGAUGCAGUCGGGGCUGUAUGA